UAUAAGUAAGUAAAUAAAUAAAUAAGGUAAAAUAUGAUUGAAUCCAAAUUUUUGAACGUCUUUGCUAAUUCCACUUAUUUUGGCAAAUCGGAACCCUAACUCCAUUUCUCUCCAGGCCGCCACUCCAUAUUUAUCAGUGUACGAGCUCAAAGCCAAACGAACAAUGACGGACAAACAUUGUCCGAUUGAAGAGGAGAGUAGUGUAAAGGAAGGUGAAGGUGUAGAUGAUUCACAUAACAAUGAAAAAGAAAAAGGCUACUAUUCUGAUGACUAUAUUGUGACCUAUGCUGGCGGUCGCAAAAUGAGCCGCAAACAUCGGGAAGAGUAUAUGAGGCAGAUAAACGAGAGCGAGGGUUUUGAUAUCACUCUGGAUUUGGAAUUGAAUGCUGCUCUUGGAGGUCCAGUUGUUCCACUACGGGGUGACUUUUACAAACCGUUAUGUACUGAGCUGUCCCAUAUGGCCAUCCACAAAUUCAAUAAGGAGAAUGCUCUAAAUUAUGAAUUUGUGGAAAUUGUGAAUAUGACCGCACAAUUGGGAGGGGGGGUUUGGUAUUAUAUCACAUUUAAUGCCAAGGAUGCUGACGCUGCUAUAAAGACCUUUCAAGCAUUGGGGUGGCAGGGAGUAAGUGGAGACCUAGAAGUGAGUUUUUGCAGGUUUAAGAAAUCAUCCAGCCAUGAAGGUGAUACGAAAUCUCCUAAUUCUGAUGUUGGUACGCAGUGCACUUGCCAUCUCUUAAAACCCCUCUAUUAUUGUUGGUUAUUGUUAAAAACCGGUGUUAUUUACUUGUGUUAUUACUAAGACAAAGGAAAAACAUGUUGUGAUGUGGUGUUUUAAUCUCGUACUUAUUAUGAGAAUGUAAUGACGUUAUUUGUGUUACUGCUAAACACUGGAAAUAGUGUUGUGAUGCGUUAUAUUUGAUGA